AUGCUCAGGAGCCCGGCAGCUGUGCAGCUUCUGUCGGAGCUACUCGAAGCCGGAGCAACAGAAGCGGCAACCCAGAAUCAUGUUUUCAUUCAGGACGAUGAUCACGAACAAAGUUUUGCAGAGCUGCGCGCGUCGGGGCUGGCCACAUGGGCCGAUGAAACUUCGGGCCGCAUCGCUGCUACACGGAAAGCUGCUAGUUGCGCAGGGAUUGCGCAGCUAUACCACGGCCCCUCAGAGGUCUGCGAGUAUGUGGCCAGCUGCCAAGAAGGGCAAGACACGGAAACUAGCGACAGCACGAGCACAGUGUUUGAUCUCUUGAUCAGGCUAUUGCGAGACGGGUGGAAGGAAAGAGGGCUUGCGACGAAGGGGGGUCGGCGCCCGCCUCCUCCUUACACCCAGGGAGGUGAACGCAUACUUGUUUAUCACACCGGUUCUCAGAACAUCGGGCGGCUCUAUCUGGAGUGCCUCUGCAGUGCAGACGAGCUGUUCGAGAAGGGAAUCAAAGAAAUACACCACUUUCAAACGGAAAUGUACUAUCGCACGCUGAUGGAGUGUGAACCACAUCAAUCCGCGAGUGUCCGACCCCAUCAGAAGGUUGCUGUGUACAGGGAAUUACUAGGCAUGAAGCCACGCGCUGGACGUGGCAGUGAGAUAAACCUGUUGUUCGAUGGCAACAGUGAACAUGCCCAUCAGCCGGCGAUGGCAGACUCGGCAGAUGGCGACGUGAACGGUGAGACUACGGAUGCAGACGAUGGGCCUGCCGUGCCAACUUAUCGUGAUGAUGAGGCAGAUGAGGCUGAGGAUCACGAAUCUGUGGACCGCAGCAACGCGGCUCUGUGUGUUCCAGCAGGCGUCCUCGAUGCCGAGGUAGCCGGCACGGCAGAACGUGAUGAUGAGGCAGAUCAGGCUGAGGAUCACGAAUCUGUGAGCCACAGCAACGCGGCUCUGUGUGUUCCAGCAGGCGUCCUCGAUGCCGAGGUAGCCGGCACGGCAGAACGUGAUGAUGAGGCAGAUGAGGCUGAGGAUCACGAAUCUGUGAGCCACAGCAACGUAGCCGGCACGGCAGAACGAAUCUUGGCUUGGACAGUGCUUCCGUCCGACUGCACUUACCUUUGUCGGGUGGGUUGGCUUGUUGAUGAGGAUCGCGAGCCUGAAGACUCGGACGUGGAAGAGAAGACGCCGUCGACGCCUGCUUCUCUGCGUUUAGAGAUGCAACAGGCGAUACUGCAACUGGGAUCUUCCAAUUCCGACAUUGGCGCCAGUGGUGCGUCAAGUUCAUCGGGAUCAGAGGAGUCAGACAAUCGAGAUGAGUCAAACCAGUCAGAGUCACAAGACUCAGAUCCCGAAGAACGGCCUCGACGUCGUCGCAGGGCACGUCCUGUCCAAGCUGAGCUGGCGAUUCCUCGUGAGCCUGGGCCUCCCAGUUCUGUCUACGACCCCAGUACCAUAUUCGUAGGCGCUUUCGCCAUUGUCAAGCGCCACAUCUCUGGUGUGCCUUCUUACUUCGUGCCACCUCGAACGAUGGCAGAAUUGGGGGAUCGUGCAGAGCUCGAGAACCAGAUCACGCACUACUGCCAACUUCACAACCUUCAGCGGCUUGCUUCCUAG